AAAGUCUCGCUCGCUCAAGACCCUGUGUUUUGUGUGCGUUUGAUUAUAAGAAAUGGAACGCCCCAGACAACCGUGUGUUCUUGGUGUCCUUGCUUGCCUUUCAACUGCGCGGUGGCGGAGGGGCGCUCGCAAGUCACGAUGAACAGAAUCAACGCAGCGAGGGCCUUGCUCUCGUCGGCGGCAGCAUCUUCCUGGCGAGUUCGCCUGCUUACGACCCGCAGCAACUUCCCCGACGCCAAGACCUACAAACCCAAACGCUACAAGCUGCCGCCCUUUUACGACCCCUACGGCCCGCGGGCCCCUCCCUCCGACAAGGUCCUCCGCCUCGCCGAACGCAUAGCAUCUCUCUCCCCCGAGGAGCUCGAGCAGUUCGGCCCUUGCCUCAGUGAGCGGAUUCGUGCACCCCGCCUCCAGCACGUCUCCGGCUCCGAAGCUGCCGCUGCCGCUGCCGCCGGGGGAAUGGCCGCAUCCGCCGCCGGUGAGGAGAAGAAGGCCGCCGUGGAGAAGACGGCUUUCGACGUCAAGCUGGAGAAGUUCGACGCGGCCUCCAAGAUCAAGGUUAUAAAGGAGGUUAGGGCGUUCACCAAUCUGGGGCUGAAGGAAGCGAAGGAGCUCGUGGAGAAGGCUCCCGUUGUGUUGAAGCAGGGCGUCAGCAAGGAAGAGGCCAACGACAUCUUGGAGAAGAUCAAGAGCGCGGGUGGCGUAGCCGUGAUGGAGUGAAGCUAACUUCGAGCAAGGUAAUGGGCGAAUUUCAGGGCAGUUGAAUAACCACGGAACGGCAGAACAUGAACUCUCCCAGUCCACGGCGUGCAUUGCCUAACAAAUGUGUGCAUGCAGGAAGAGCACCCGAGUGUUCCCAUGUCCUGUGUAAUGUAGUUUUGGUCCCCUUCCUUUGUGCAGUAAACAGACACCUGCAUCUGUUCACCUGUUCUGCCAACACGAGGAACGAGCUGUCCAGUGUUCAGUUCCUUGUGUCCCACAGAACUGUUUGUAAACACCUUUCUUGUUUCCCUAAAUCUGUCUGGAGUAGUCAUAACUCAUAUCUACCUUCCCCCAUGCCCAGCUAUGAAGGUUUAUGUUUGUUAAGAGGUGCCAAGUCCAGAGGCCUUUUAGCUGUUCAUGAGUCUCUGUUUUGAAAGGUAUCUCAUGUUGAUGUUAUGUAAUUUCACAUUCUUUCAGUUGGUUUAGAUGAACUGAACUUGGGACUAUGCUAGCAGUGCUGCCUACCAGCUAUUGAAAUUUAGUUGACGAAGCCUCUAAAGCAAGAAAUAAGGUCUUUGACCAUGUUGAUGUUAAAGCCUUCUAAAGAUACUUCUGAGAUUUAGUGAACAUACCGUCUUGUAAACAAUACCUUCUGCUUUAGUAUCCUAUUGCUCGUUAAUGAGGUCAAGAUCUGACAUUGUCACGGCACUUCUGGAAGUUGUGAUUAAUUACUUAUCUUCUAUUCUCAA